UGAACGCGCACAUUUACAGUAUCUGUUUCUAAAUACUACGUCCAUUUAUGUUAAAACUGGAAUAUUUCUGCAUUACAGGUGUAGAUGAUAUCAAAUCCGUCAGCAUGCAUGCUACAUUAGCAGAGCUUGGUAUGGAUUCGAUGACAGCCGUAGAGAUUAAGCAGACGUUAGAAAGGGAAUAUGAAGUAUUUUUGUCGCCUAAAGAUAUUAGGAGUAUGACGUUAGCCAAGUUAAAGGAGAUCCAAGAAGAGCGACUGUUGGGUGACUCCGCAAAAGCGGAAAAAUCAGACGAAUCAACGUACGGUAUCAAGUUGGUAUUCAGGAUAUUGGGCGACGAGUCCGAAAGUACCUUGAAGGAGAUCCCAUUGCGUUCCAGAUUGUCUGAGGGUGAGGAGGGACCAACAGUAUUCGCGCUGCCAGGCAUCGAAGGAUUCGUCAAGGUCAUGACAAAUAUGGCUGCGGGCAUGGAUGCCACGGUUGUCGGGUUGCAAUAUGCCUACGAUCUUGAGUUUGAAACGGUGCAAGAUAUUGCCAAAACCUUAGUGCCGGUGGUUCAAGCAAAAAUGCCCUCAAAGACUACACCCAUACGCCUAGUAGCCUACUCCUACGGCACAGUGGUAGCACUGGAACUAGCAUAUGCUCUGGAGUCAUUAGGUUAUACACCAGGAACCGUGGUCCUAAUCGACGGCUCGCCUACUAUGAUGAAAGAGCUGCUCAAGAAAGAAAUGGAUGUCGCCGAGGAUCACAUUUUCCAGACGCUGCUCAUCUGCCAUCUCAUGUCCUUUUAUUUAACAUCCGAACUCGUCGUUAAGAAUUAUGAAAGAAUAGCAAAGUGCAAAGACCUAGACGAACGGAUUGACGCGGCCAUUGAGAUAGUUAAAGGUGUGAUUACACUGGAGAACCCCAACUACAACCGUGUGGUAGCCAAAACCAUCUACAAACGCUUGUUAGCACUGUUGCACUAUACACCAUCUUACACCAAAAUCGAAUCGAAGAUCUGCCUCAUCAAACCUACGCAAAUGACAUUGAAGCAUAUCUCUGAAGACAUGAACUGCUCAGACCUUACUGAACAGCCUCUGACAGUUGACUCCUUCGAAGGCAAUCAUAUCACCAUCGUAGACUCAGAAGAAGUUAUUGAGAAGAUUAAUACUAUAUUCUGCAGUUGAAAGCGUCAUUUGUCGUUUUUGAUUUGUGUACGCUGAUUAAAGUUUACAUUUUUUCUUUAAA